AUGACUCUACGCGUCACUUAUAAAAGGUUCACUCGGGGCUUUCUCUCUCUCACUCUUACUUACUGCAAUUGUUUUCUCUCUCAUUUCUCCCUCCGACACUCUCUCUGGCUCUCUGCUCCUCCGUCGAUCCGGCGGCGACUUCGUUCGCUCACUCUCGCUUCCACGCACGCCCACCUCCGCGAUUCCAUUUCGUUGACGCGUUCGGGGUUUGUUGAACUUAAUUCUGUAAGAACUGGCCUACAAGUAGAGAACAUUGUCUGUGCUCUGGAUCCUGGACUGCAAGGUGUAGCUGCAACGGAUGAACAAGGAUGUUGCCGAUCUUAAGGUACAUUGUUGUGGCUUGAACACUCUUGGUUGCUCAUUCUUUAUUUAGCUUAAAACUUCGAUAUUUUUGGGGUUUGUAUUCUAAUCAAGAUUUAGGAAAGAAUUCUGCUGUACCCUACCUUGAAUUUUGAUUCAAAUCAUCUUACACAAUUGAAGUAACAACGCCAAUUUUGAUAAGUAUUGGCUGAGUUUCUUGUACUCAGGUUUCCCUGUGGUUUCGGAAGUUUAUAAUUGCUCAG